ACAUAUAAUUAUAAUAUCCUGUAUAAAAUUAAAUCUUCAAUUACACCUACGAUGCGAACAGUCUAGUUUAAAGUUAUGCUCUCCAUAUGAUGUAUUCUUUGACGUUACACGUUACAUCAACAUGUAUAAUAUAUUAAACCACGAAAGUUGUUCAUCCUUUAACCCUGUAACUGGAGCACCUGCUAAAAAAUGACCACCUCCUCUGUUUCUUCAUCUUUGAUGUAUCGUAUAUAUACACAGAUUUCUUUUGGAAGAUCGCAGCAGUACUCUUGUAUUAUUCACAAUGAAAAUCAGUAUAAUUCUGGUUACCGUAGCGAUCAACUGCGUUUUCGCAGGUGACACCAAAUUCUCCGAAAAGAAGACCACUAAGCGUGGUGUCUUUGGUGAAUCACUCGGAUUCAACAGCGGAGAAUUGCGAGGAAGUAGUUAUGGAGAUAGUUACACAAGCAGCUAUUCAUCUGGCUUAGGUUUAGGUUCAUUCUCUUCCGGUCUUAAAAAUGGCAUCAUAGGACAUGGAGGUAAUGAAAUUGGCUUCGGAUCUAUCGGAACUGGCCUAGGAUCUAGCGGCAUUAGCCUUGGAUCCAAUGAUAUUAGCUUAGGAUCUGGUGGAGUUGGAGUUAGUUUGAGAACAGGAAAUAUUAAUUUGGGGGCACAAGUACAACGUACUAUAACAAUCACCAACAGAGUGGGCGUGCCUAUACCUCAGCCGUACCCAGUUCCGGUUCCAGUAGAUCGUCCCUAUGCAGUUGAAGUACCAAGACCAGUACCUGUUCCAGUUGAAAAACCAUACCCAGUCCAUAUAGAUAGGCCGAUACCUUAUCCUGUGAAAGUUCCUAUUAAAGUAGCAGUACCAGUACCUGUAAAAGUAACUGUACCACAUCCAGUACCUGUCGAGGUACCUAAGCCUGUAGCCGUCCCUGUUCAUACUCCUGUAAUUGUAAGAAAACCCAUACCUGUUUAUAUUGGCGAUAGUGGUUCAUCUUUUAAAGGCUCGCUAGGAGGUUAUACAGGAGGAUUUUCUGGAAGCUACUCUUCUCGAGGUUACUCUUUAGGUAGCUACUCUACUGGAGACUAUAGUGGACUUUCAUUAGGAUAUGGGUAUGAUCUUGGCUCUGGAUGGAAAGCCUCUGGUUGGAAUAAGAAGAGUUGGAAUGCCCGAAGUUUUGAAUAUUCAGAUAUAUCCACAUCAUGUCUAAUUGCAAGGGUUGCCUUCAGCAUUGAACAUUUGGCCCAUAAAGUUGAAGAAUUCAUCUUGGAACCAAGCUCCAAGAAGUAUGCCAUUACAACAUUUUGCGAGAAAGAAGUUACAUUUUUAUUCGCGUUUGUUCUUCUCCUAUGUCUGUCCACUUCGUGGGCGGAAACCAGUAAAAAAAUAAAACGUGGGAUUCUUCGUGAAAACCAUUUGGCAUCUGGAGACAUAGCAGUUGGCGACGGACACUUGGACAUUCCUCCAGUGUCUUCGUUACCCCUUGAAGGUGGACUAUCAACUGGUGGAGGAUUUGCAACUUCUAGUGCUAUUGCAGGCUCAACUUCUUUUAAAACUGCGGGCGGCGUCACAACAUCAUUUGAAGGAGCAGAUUUGCCAUCAGGAAGUGCUUUGAAUGCUGGCCCUUUUGAUGGGGCGGCUUUUGGCGCUGAUAAAGGAUUGGGAAUUGGUCCAGCUUUAGAAACAGGUUUUGGGGGAGUGAUUGGAAGUCCAUUGGGAGGUGGUGUAAAUGCCCCAGCUCCUGGUCCACUUGGAGGUCCUGACCUACACGCCAAUGUUAAUCAUUACCAUUUAGGACAUGCUGUUCAACGCCACAUAUCUGUCUUGCAUAAGAUUGGUAUACCAGUUCCACAGCCCUAUCAAGUACCAGUAGAAAGGCGCAUUCCAGUUAAGGUGCCAACCCCAGUAGAUAUUCCAGUAGAUCGUCCUUAUGAAGUUCGAGUGCCAAGACCAUAUCCAGUGAAAGUCUAUAAAGAUGUUCCCGUCAAAGUUGAUCAGCCCAUUCCAAUACCAGUAAAGGUGCCGGUUCACAUUAAUGUCCCACAUCCAGUUAAAGUUGAACAACCUGUGCCAGUACCUUAUCACAUUAUCAAAAAAGUACCUAUAGCUAUCCCACAUCCAAUUAUAGUAAAGAAAAAGGUUCCUGUUGCAAUUCAUGCACAUGUUGAGCCAGUACAUAUUCAUACACAAGUAGAUGUUCAUCAUGAUCAUCUUGUUGGUAAUCAUGUAAGUCAUGACUUGGGUCACCAUAUUAGUCAAGGCUUUAGCCAUGAUGAUCACGAUUACUUUGACCAUCAUCAUAGUCAUCAAAUUAUUGAAGGACAUCAUGGAUGGGACUAAAGUAUUUUUUUCGUGAUUGUUGUUGUCUAGUCGGUAGGUUAAGUCGUAUGUAAAUAUAUAAAUAAAUAAUAGAUAUUUUUGUUGA